AUGUCUUCUAGUCAUUUAUUGAGUAAAGGAGAGGCUUUCUCUCGUCCAAACUCUACCGGCAGCAACUACUCAGCAAUUAAUCCAAACUCUUUCGCCGAUGGGACUCGAAGAGUUCUUGACAGGCAGGUGAACCAUCAAAGAGUAGACUCUGUUCUUUCUAAUGCGUCUAAGAUGAACUCAAGGAGAUUAGAUCAUGCCGUUAUAGAUAGUAAGCCAUCCUUUAGAGAUGUUUUACCAUACUACCUUCCCUGCUUCUCGUGGAUACCUGAGUAUACUUGGUCGAAAUUCAUGGGUGAUUUGGUUGCCGGGAUCACUUUGGCCUCAUUUCAAAUUCCUUUGGCGUUAUCGUAUGCGACUUCAUUGGCCCAUGUAGAACCUCUAUGUGGACUUUAUUCGUUGGCUUUCACACCCUUCAUAUAUGCAAUAUUUGGCUCAGUACCGCAAAUGAUCGUAGGUCCUGAGAGUGCAAUCUCGUUAGUCGUUGGUCAAGCAGUGGAGAAAUUGAGAGCUCAUAAUCACGAGAUUAGCACAAUGAGCAUAUCCGUCUUGGUCACUUUCAUUAGCGGUAUGUUUCUCUUUGUUUUUGGAAUCUGUCGAUUUGGAUUCUUGGGAAAUGUACUGAGCAGGGCUUUGCUGAGAGGCUUCAUAAGCUCAGUGGGUGUUGUCAUGAUCGUGAACUCUUUGAUAUCAGAGCUGAAGUUACAUAAGUUGCUUUUAGAGACAAAGGGUCACUUUCAUACUCCCUUUCAGAAAAUUAGAUUCAUCAUCAAAUAUGCGCCUGCAAACUACCAUAUCCCAACAGCAGUUCUCAGUCUGACGUGUUUUAUCAUAUUAGUUACUGCAAGGGUAAUCAAAAAGAAGUUAAUGAGAAGAAGAAGAUGGCCUGUUUUCGUUCCUGAGAUCUUGAUAUUGAUUAUAACGACAAUAAUAUUGUCUCACAAGUUCAAAUUUAAGAAACACUACGAAAUAAGCAUAGUUGGUGAUUUUGAUACAGACGGUUUGGUCAACUUUUACAAUCCAAUCUCCAAAUCCAACCGUGAACUGGCACCGAACUUGAUGAAUGCAGGUUUCAUUGUGGCUAUCUUGGGGUUUUUUGAGUCGACAACAGCCGCUAAAUCAUUGGGAAGCGCUUACGAGUUCGCUAUAUCUUCAAAUCGCGAGUUGGUUGCGCUAGGAAGCAUGAAUUUGUGCGCUUCUGUUUUGGGGGCACUACCUGCUUUUGGUGGGUACGGAAGAUCUAAAAUCAAUUCCUUUUCAGGUGCUCAAACGGUAAUGUCUGGAGUUUGCAUGGGCGUAAUUGUUCUAUUGACAGUAAAAUUUUUCCUGUCACAGAUUCGCUACAUUCCGGUCUGUAUUCUUUCAGUGAUUACCACUAUUGUGGGUAUCAGUCUCUUGGAAGAGGCACCAGCUGAUUUGCGUUUUCACUUUAAUUCUCGUGGUUAUGACGAGCUUUUGGUCUUUGCCGUCACGGUUCUAACAACUUUCUUUUACUCGCUUGAAAUGGGAGUGUGCAUUGGGUGUGGUUACUCUGUGAUAAGUAUUAUAAAACACUCCGCAAAGUCAAGAAUCCAAAUCCUUGCGAGGGUCGAAAGUACAGGUCAGUUUAUUAACUCGGAUGAGUACUUGUCAAGUGCGACUCAUCCUGACGAUCUCCCGAACAUCGAAGAACUGGAGGGGUGCCUUGUUGUAAAAAUUCCCGAACCUCUGACUUUCACAAAUAUGGAAGACCUAAAGGAGCGGUUGACCAGGUUAGAAAGGUUUGGGUCGGCUAUUGUGCAUCCUGGGGCAAAAGGAUCACGAGAGAGGGAGAGCAUCAAAUAUUUGGUUUUUGACCUUAAUGGCAUGACGUUCAUGGAUUCUUCAGCUGCACAGAUUAUGCUGGAGAUUGUAAAAUCGUACAACAGGCGUCGAGUAAAAGUUUUUUUGGCGAGAGUUCCUCUAGAUGAGCAAGUAAGAUCGCGACUAGAGACAUCAAAUAUAUUGAAUUAUGUGGAAAGAAAUCAUAUAAAGACUCCAACACCUGCGCUGGACUCACCUGGGGGCAGCAACGCAAUUCCAUCCCCUUACUUUGCUACUAUUCAGGACUCUUUACAGGUGAUGGAUGAAAGGGAGCUUUCCAAUGAAAGUAUGAAUGAUCAAGCGAGCUUCAUUUCUACCACAUUAGUCAACUCCAAUCUCGUCUGA